UGCUAGCAAGGUUUCCUGAGCUAACACUUAGUGUCAGGUCAGCAGCGUCACAGGUUCAGUUUGUUUGGAGUCAGCACAGAAGCACCAUGGGGGUGAGGUAACCGGCGGGGCUGCUGCUCGUAUUGUGCCUGACACGGACUCUGUAUAGGGCGUGGGGAGGCGGAAGCGCUCAGCGCCCUCGCUGGCCCCCGCCCGGGAGCACGGAGCAGCGGAGGGGGCGACGCCGAGUGCAAGGGGGGGGCGGAGGGAAAUCCAGAGUGAAGGAUCUCGGGGGUAGAAUGGAGGACAAGAAAGAGGAGGGCGAGGCGGAGAUCCAGGAACACGGACCCGAGCACUGGUUCACCAAGUGGGAGCGGCAGUGCCUGGCCGAGGCCGAACAGGAAGAGCCGGCGGAGGAGGAGGCCGAGCAGAGUCAGCAGAAACUCUGGCACCUCUUCCAGAACUCUGCCACCGCCGUGGCGCAGCUUUACAAAGAUCGCGUGUGCCAGCAGCAGGGACUGUCACUGUGGGUCCCCUUCCAGAACGCUGCAACAGCUGUCACCAAUAUAUAUAGAGAAAGUGUGGAUGCCCAUCAGCGGAGCUUUGAUCUAGGACUACAGAUUGGUUAUCAGCGACGCAAUAAGGAUGUUUUGGCCUGGGUAAAAAAGCGUCGGAGAACUAUUCGCAGAGAGGAUUUGAUCAGCUUUCUAUGUGGCAAAAUUCCCCCUCCAAGAAACUCACGUGCACCCCCAAGACUAACUGUUGUAUCCCCCAACCGAGCUUCUCCAUCAGAAACUGGCUCAUCUGUAGAGACUGAUUUGCAGCCCUUCCGAGAAGCGAUUGCUCUGCAUGGUCUGAGUGGAGCAAUGGCUGGUAUAAGUGUCCGCUCAAGUACUCCGGGCUCACCUACUCACGUUAGCGCCAGUUCUAGCCGUAGGAGAAAUGGACUUCAUGAUGUCGAUUUGAACACUUUCAUAUCAGAAGAAAUGGCACUCCACUUGGACAAUGGUGGCACUAGAAAGCGUACCUCAGCCCAGUGUGGCGAUGUCAUUACAGACUCACCAACCCACAAACGCAACCGAAUGAUCUAAAUUUGCAAAAAAAAAAAUUAAACAUCCACUUGAUCCUCAACAUACUCUUAGAAAGAAACCAUGAGGGCCAUCUUUCCUUUUCACUGUUAAAGACAAGCGAAUUCAAUAAUGAUUGCGAUGAUAUGCUAUUAAAGGAAGUUCUAGGCAUUACGGUAGAUGCGUCUUUUAAUUAUGGCUUUCUUUCAACUAUACACGUAGCAGAGGACAUCAGGUAUUGUGUAGUAUUUGGCAAGAUCAUCAUAGUUAACAUCUAUCCAUUAAAUGCAAAAGUGAAAAGUGACCUUACUUGUAUUUGCAAAGGGUGUUUUUUCUCUUUUCCUCACUGCUGAGUUAUAUUUGCUUUACCUAUAUUGCCAUUUUAAAUAGAACUAAACCCAACUUGUCGCACAUUACUUCUACAGGCUUCUAUCUUUGUUUUCAUGCACCUGAUUACUAGUGUGCAGAUACCCAAUAUUUUUUUCUUUAAUACAAAACUUGAUUCUCGUGAUUUAUAUUAAGAGAUGCUAUGAUGAUCAUGCGUUUAAUACUUAACAAUGAAUCAAUAUAAGGAUCUUUAUUGGAUUCACUUUGUGUGUUUUAGUGUGCUGACAUACCGAUAUUAAAACUUCUCCCAAAUUACUCUCCAUAUGCUUUUACAUUUUGUCAGUUUAAGCACAUGUAUGCACUUAUUUACAUGCUGGUUGUAUCCGUGUAAGGUAAAUGUAAACUGUAUAAGCCACACUAAACUCUAAAUUACCCCUUGAAAUUUCUGCAAUUUUUUGUAUCAGUUUCCUAGUAUAUAUUUAUUUGCAGUUUAACAUAUAUAUAUAUAUAUAUAUAUAUAUAUAUAUAUAUAUAUAUAUAUAUAUAUAUAUAUAUAUAUAUAUAUAUAUAUAUAUAUAUAUAUGUGUCUCCUUAUUCCAUAUAUUUUUAUUUUGGAAGUGGUUUUCUCUCCCCAUUCAGAGUUCUCUAAAACCUGUGUAAAAGACCAUUGCAGUCAUCACAGUAAGAUUGUGCUUCAUUUAUUCCUGUAUGGAUAAAAUGACUAAUUUUUAACACUGGCGUUUAUUAUAAAUUUGCGCCUCUGUGGCAUGCCAUAUUACACAGGCUAAGUGCUUAUUGUGACUUCAUUCCUUGCCCUAGACUGCAAACGGCUUUUCAUCUGAUCCUCUUUAACCCAGAAUCAUUUACCCGUUUUAAAGUUAUUUAUUUGAUUUUGAUAUUUUUAAUAGUUUUUCCAUUUAACUUUCAAAUAGCAUUUAGAAAAAAAAACAUUUACCUAUUAAAAAAAUCUUGAUUUUGAGAUUUCAUCCUUGUUAACCUACUUUUUAAGCUUACUGUUAAAAAAAAAAAAAAAAAAAAAAAAAAGUGAACACUAUACACUCUUAACUGAGACGAUCCUGUAGUGCUUUGUGGAGUAGCUCAUUGUAUGCCUCAAGCAGUGAAAGGGCUCCUGGAAAUUGUUCCUUUUAUUAAUAAUUUGGUGCACAGUUUAAACAGACAUUGAAUUUAUUCCUGGCCACUUGAGAAAUAUCUAGCUUUGUAUAACAUGUUGAUAUUUUGAUCUCUCUAGCAUUUGUAUUUCUGGGAAUGUUAUAAUUUAGAACAUUGUAACCAAUGAUAUGGAAUCAUUUGGCCUUAAUCUGCUAUCUUCAUACUCCAUUUGUUUUGUCACCAGAACUCAUCCGUGACAUUGUGUUAACUGAAAUUUCAUUUUUAUGGCAAUAAAGGCACUCCUGCAACUGGUGGUGAAAUGGCCUAAUGGUUUGGGUUCUAAGAUGGGGUAAAAAAAAAAAAAUCAAACAAAACUGGAGUGCCUUAUUUGUGUACCUGUACUGUGACAUUUCAAGAGCUAAUGUGCGUAUGUUUUCAGUAGUAACAAUUGCAUGCAAGUUUAAUGCUGCUUAAACUUAUAUUUAAAUUCAUUGGUGGCGUUCAACUGCAUCAGGACAAAUCAUGGCUCUUGGAAGGAAUGGAGCAGCAUCCUUCAUUUUGAAGCACAGUUUUCGGAAACAUCUCUUCUGUCCUAUUUUUCUAUGGUGUAUUGUGUAUGUAACCAAACAAGAACGAAAAAUACUUCCUAACAAGCUGGACAUUAAUACACAAAUGUUUUUGCCUGGAAGACAUGGCCACACACUGUUUCCCCAGUGCACAUUAUGACAAAGCUGUUUUAAAUGGAGCUUACAGUGUUUGUUUUAUAUGGAUUAUAAAUAUUGCAGACACUUGCCAUGUUUACUCUUAAUCUGAAGGAACUAAUGUUGUAAUAGGUGAGUUGUAGUAAUCUUGUGACAAGUGUAAACUUAUUUAUCAAGUUUAGCUGCCAAAAGGAGAGUAUAAAAGGAUAAUUUGUGCUCCUAUGUCUGUGAUUAUCAUUUUGUAUUUGCACUUCUCUGCUGCUUCAAGAACUGGUACAAGGUUGGUCCACAGAUCAGUUUUACAAUAUUUAAUCUGAACAUGUCUCUGAGGAAGAUCAAGGAACCAUUAAUGUUUCUUUAUGGAAAGGAAGGUUGCAGUUUUCUUCACAAUAGUUGCAAGUAAUAUGCCAUGAAUAUAUAUAAUAUGUCCAUAAUGUGGUAUAUGAGCAAUGUUUACAGAAAAGGCUGGUUCACUUGGCAAGUUAAACUAACGGUUUUUACUGCAGCCUGUCGCAAUUUAAAAAUAAAACAAUGAUAACAUCA